UUGGACAUCCAACCCGGGAAUCCAACUUAGUCUUAGAUUUUUAAGCUUGUCUUAAUCGAUUUAAGGAUGUCACAGCCAUACAGUUCAUCAGGAUUUUAUAUGACACCAGUCAGCAAAGCUCUCCUGAUUCUUGGAAGUGUAGUAUCCUGCUGUUUAGUUUUACUUGGUCCAAAAUACCAGAACUACUUUGUCUAUUCCAAUGACUAUCUGUUAGCUGGUAGAGAGCCAUGGCGGCUGCUGACCUGCAAGUUGGCUUUUCUUGAGAUUCAUUCGCUGCUCCUUGGAGCCUCGCUAAUUUAUCAUUUCAGAGUAUUGGAGAGGAGAUAUGGAUCAGCGAAAUUCAUAUCGUUUCUUUUAGCCAAUAGUCUAUUCUCUGUCGGGGUGGAAGCGGCUACUAUUUUCGCCCUCGAGGCACUAGAGUAUCGGGUGUUGCCUCAGACUUUGUGUGGACCACAAAGCAUUGUAUUGUCAAUGUUUGUACCAUUCUUCAUGGACAUUCCUAAUGUUUCUACACAAACUCACUUCUUGGCUGAUGUCGUGGCAGGGAAGUGGAUAUCCUACAUACUGGGUGUAUAUCUGACGACUCUAACACACACUACACCUGUUGCUAUUGCCUAUGGAAUCAUGGCAGGAAUUCUUUAUCGUCUUAACUUCCUGUACAUCAAGAAUUGGGUAAUGAUUCCCAAGGUGAUGGCUUCAUUCUCUCAAGGUUUAUUUGGUUGGCUGCUUUCCUCACGACCACCAAGCGAGGGGGCUUUACCCAUGGGUGCAACGCUGGAGAUUCAGAGACAGCAGAGGAUGGAGUUAUUGGAGCAGAGGAUGCUACUUGCUCAGGCUCAGAGGUUUAGGAGUAUCCAUAGACAGAAUGCUAUUAGGAGACCUAUAAGACAGACAUUUCCAUUGAGGAGGAAUGAAAGUAGCAGCAGCCCUCAUCAACAGAAUAGUAUGAGAAAUGGUGAACAUAAUGGUGGUGUGAACUUCCCACCACCGAAUGGGUCAACACCCCCCUCUACCAAUCCCCCUUCUCCAUCACCAGUACCUAUCUCUGAUCAACCCUCUACCAGUAGAUCUGAUGAUAGCUCUUUACACGGAUCACAUGCAGAAGAAGAUAAGAUACAGCAACUUGUUGAUAUGGGAUUCAACCGUGGCGCUGUGAUGCAAGCUCUGAGUAUGUCUAACAAUGAUGUCACCAUGGCAACAACAGUACUUCUUCAGGAAUGAGCCAAUCAGAAGCUUGGUUGCAUUGAUGUGCAAUAUUACAGAUAGACUUGGUACUGAAUAUCAAACUUUAUAUUGCCUAUUGGUUCAUUUCUGCUAUGUUGGUUCAACUGAAUUGUACAGUCGUCAAUCCUGAGUCAUUGGAAACAAGUGAUGUAGGGCCUAUAAUUUAAUAAAGGCCUGGUCACACCGCCCGAGCGUUGUUGAAUCGGUCGUGGAGCGGUAGGGAGAGAGGG